UAAGAAGUUGUAUACGGGAUGGCCCACUGGCCAGUGCUAACAUGUUAUAUAGGAGUGUAAGCUACAAAGCUCUCGCCUCAGACCCAUCACUCCCCCUUUAAUUUCUUCACUACUGUUCAUUAUCUCCCUCCUCAAAAUCAUGGAUCUAAGCAAGUUCCGCCCAUCAAGUUCUUAUGAUGCACCAUUUUUCACUACAAACACCGGAGCUCCGGUCUGGAACAAUGAAUCUGCCCUCACCCUUGGCACCAGAGGUCCAAUCCUGCUGGAGGACUACGCUUUGGUGGAGAAGAUUGCUACUUUCGACAGAGAAAGGAUCCCAGAACGAGUGGUUCAUGCCAGAGGAGUCAGUGCCAAAGGCUUUUUUGAAGUCACCCACGAUGUCUCCCAUCUCACUUGCGCCGAUUUCCUCCGCGCUCCCGGCGUCCAGACUCCUCUUAUUGUCCGCUUCUCCACCGUCAUCCACGAGCGUGGCAGCCCUGAAACUCUCCGUGAUCCCCGUGGUUUCGCCGUCAAGUUUUACACCCGAGAGGGUAACUUCGAUAUCGUCGGAAACAACAUGCCGGUGUUCUUCAUUCGUGACGGAAUCAAAUUCCCUGACGUGAUCCACGCGUUCAAGCCAAACCCAAAAUCAAACAUUCAAGAAUACUGGAGGAUUCUUGAUUUCUGCUCUCACCACCCGGAGAGCUUGCACACCUUCAUGUACUUCUUUGACGACAUCGGUGUUCCGGUCGACUACCGGCACAUGGAAGGAUUUGGUGUCAACACUUUCUCCUUCUUCAACAAAGCUGGUAAGAUGCUGUACGUGAAGUUCCACUGGAAACCCGCUCGUGAAAAAGUGAUGGGUAUGUCCGACGAGGAAGCCAUAAGAAUCGGCGGAACCAACCACAGCCACGCCACCCAAGAUCUGUACGAGUCGAUCAAGGCCGGAAACUACCCUGAAUGGAAGCUUUACGUGCAGACAAUGGACCCUGCUGAUGAAGACAGGUUUGACUUCGAUCCGCUUGAUAUGACCAAGAUUUGGCCGGAGGAUAUCUUCCCGUUGCAACCGGUGGGUCGGAUGGUACUAAACCGGAAUGUUGAUAAUUUCUUUGCUGAGAAUGAGCAGUUGGCUUUCUCCCCUGCUCAUGUCGUCCCUGGAAUCUAUUACUCCGACGACAAGCUGCUUCAAUGUCGAAUCUUCGCCUACGAUGACACCCAGAGGCACCGGCUUGGACCAAAUUUCAUGCAACUUCCGGUUAAUGCUCCUAAGUGUGCUCAUCGGAACAACCAUUUUGAUGGGUAUAUGAAUUUCAUGCACAGGGAUGAAGAGGUGAAUUACCACCCAUCAAAAUUCGACCCUGUCACUAAUGCUGAGAGGUACCCGAUUCCUACUAAAGUUUACAGUGCUUGCAAACGAGAAAAGUGCAUAAUUGAGAAGCAGAACGAUUUCAAGCAACCCGGGGAAAGAUACAGGACAUUUGAACCAGACAGGCAAGAGCGAUUCAUUAACAGAUGGGUUAAGGCAUUAUCUGAACCAAGGAUUACUCAUGAGAUCCGAAGCAUUUGGAUCGACUGGUUAUCCAGGGCUGACGAGUCGCUAGGGCGGAAGGUGGCUAUGCGGCUGAACAUCAGGCCGAGCAUUUGAAAAUGGUGUGGGUGAAAAAAGCUGUCUGCAAAUUAAUGGAGUUUGAAAGAAAUAGUAGCGUCCCCAAAUAAUCAAGCAGUGGCAAUAUCCUACUAUAUCUGCUUCUUCCCAUCAAUUGCCAUGCUCUAUGCUCUGUUUUCCUAUAUAUAUAUAUAUAUAUGUAUAUAUGAGGGAAAAAAAUGUAAUCUCGUUUUAUGAUCAUUUGGUUGUUGUACUAAUAAAAGAAAAUUGAUGUAUGGAGUAAUUUGAUCUACUUAUUAUUCCCAA